UUCGAGCUUCCGGAUUGCUCAUUGUUGCUCAACAGAGUACUGGUUGCUUUUUCUAAUCCUUAGAUUAAAGUGAUCCAUGAUCAAGUUUGUAUAAAACGAAAUGGCAUUAUUCCGGGCAUUGCCUGCUGGAAUCAGCGUGACAUCCAAGCUCGUCUCACGAAGCGUUCCCAGCGUAUAUUAUCAUGCAAACGUAUUGGAUCACUAUGAAAAUCCUAGAAACGUUGGUUCGCUGGACAAGAAUGAUACACAAGUUGGCACUGGUCUUGUAGGAGCACCUGCCUGUGGUGAUGUGAUGAAACUGCAGAUCAAAGUUGAUGAAAAUGGCAAGAUAACUGAUGCCAAGUUCAAAACCUUUGGUUGUGGCUCUGCUAUUGCUUCAAGCUCCUUAGCGACAGAAUGGGUUAAGGGAAAAACUGUGGAUGAAGCAUUGGCAUUGAAAAAUACUGACAUUGCUAAAGAACUUUGCCUUCCUCCAGUCAAGCUACACUGUUCGAUGCUUGCCGAGGACGCAAUUAAAGCUGCUCUGUCAGAUUAUCGCAUUAAGCAACAAUCAAAGGCAAAAGCUGAUGAUAAAGCAACCGAUAAAACAAAUUAGAAUCGAUUAGAGAAUGUAGUAAUAAUAGAAAUAAAUAUUCUAUAUUUAGCUUAA